AUGAAAACCGCCCGCCACUUAAUCAGCGAAGGGGCCAAAUUACCUGUAAGUCAGAGAAACGGCGGCUUCGGCGUCUAUUUUUAGCCGCCGCUAGGCCCCGAACGUCGCGGGAUGGAGCUGAAGAAAACCUGUCAACAUGACGCAAACAAUGGUGAAAGAAGGAUGAUGCCCCUAUCGACGGACGGAGCACAUCGACGAGGAGAGAGAAAACGAACCAGGAGGACCGCCUUAUCCUUCGGCCGGGGUGUCUAG